ACCGGAGUUGUUUGGGACGUGGUCCUUCGACACUCAACGCGGGCGACGACGUCGGCUGUCCCAUCUCUGCCCGUUCUUGCGGAGCCGGCAUUCCAACAGGCUUUUGACGGCCGGCAGAAGACAACGGAGCGCAGACCGGUUUUGCCGUUGUCCGGAUCCCAGGGUUGGUAAUCGGAGCCUUCGUCGAAAGGGAAGAGAUUUGGAGGAGGGGGGCAAGAGAGGUCAAAGAUCAACUUGGAGCCGCCUCGGUCUCCUCGGUUUCCCAGGUUACUCCUAGACCAUGGCAGUUCCCCGCACGCUCACGGCCGCGCUGGGUGCGGUCGCUUUUCUCCCUACGACUGCCAUGUUAGGCAUUCACAUCAUCUUGGCCCGCUCGCCCACAGAUAGGGCUCGGUCGGUGAAAGUGACGGGGGCUUUGGCUGCCGUCUUCGAGGCGUUCAUCUUCGUUCUCGUACCAUCCCUCACUGUCUCCCACCUCGUGCCAUGGGAUCCAGGGAGCGAAUCAAGGUUGUUGCGGAGGCUCUUGUUCGGCACGGGCUUAGCCUUGUGCACAAUUGCUUGGGCCGUGUCCGUGUCCAACCUCGUCUGCCUGAGCAGAGUUGCCGAUGAUCCGCACAGCACCAUCCUAGGCUCGGAGGCUGAUCACUUCGUCGUGGGAUCCUCGGUCGCCCUGGGGUUUGCGUUCGCCGCACAGCUAGGUUUUUUCAUUUUUCACUUCCUCUCCGGGAGGACGCCAAGUUCUUCCCCGGAAGUAUCGAUUCCCGAGCAGAAAACAGGUAGCAGGUUGGGGUGGCGGAUCAAGACGGUUCCGUACCACGAGACGACCCCGAACUCGGCCAAUUCUCUCGGUAGCAGUUUUUCCUUUGGUACGCCGACGUCUCCCGGAUCUAGCGGUGGCCGCUCCAGGCCGAAUACCAUGAGCUCGAUUCGGACUUCUUUUUCACACGCUAUCCGGCCGUUUACCUCCAAGACGCGUCUGUUAUCUCUGAGUCGCCGUUUCUCGCAUAAGCCCGCUUCUCUCGAUCUGGGUGCACCCCAAGAACCACGGCCACGGUCAGUGGGAGCGGGAUUCGACUACUGGGACACGUCAGCCGUCGGCUCAGAGAACCGGCAGACGGUGUUAGAGUCUUUCACGCCGCCGCCGAGCCGCUCGCUCGCGACCAUCCCGGCCAGUCCGUCGAACAGCAGAAGCUCCAGCCCCGGCAGGUCGCUGGACAUGCUCGAGCCGCCCCACACCACGCGCAGGAGCCGCAGCUACAGCUCCGUCUCGUCGCGGGCCAUCCAGGCGCAGCGUAUCGCCUUCACGCAGCAGAAGUCACACAGCGAGGCCCACAUCCACCCGCUCUUCCGGUCCGACUCGCCCGCGCCGCCCUUGGCCACGCCUGGGACCGUCGUCGUCGCGGCACCCAACGCGGGCAAGGUCAUCGCCGACAGGCAGAGCAUCCGGAGCAUCCAGAGCUUGCGCCGGCUGCGCAGCGAGAGCCUGCCCACCGUGACGAGCCCGCUCAGCCGGGCCGCCUCGGUCGACUCCUUCGUGGUAAGCCGCCGGGAGAACAGCAUGUCGCGUUCGAUCCGGGAGGAGGCCGGGGCGAUGGCCGGGGCUGCCGCCACCACUACCACUGCCCCUGCAGCAGCUGGUGGUACCGGCAGGGAGGAUGCGGAGCGCAAGUCCGUGCCGCCGAUCCCGGAAUACGUCUUGAAUGCUGGGCCAAGAUCAAGCUUGGCUCUUUACCAGAGCCGCAAGAAUGAAGAGGGUGGCCAAGGUUCGCCUGACUCCGAGCAGCAACCGACUUCCUCCCCUUCUUGACAAUUUUGUCACGUACGACAUCUUGAUGGCUUAUGACCAUGGUCCUCGUAUGAACCAGUAAGGGCGUCCAUCACCGCCUUCACUUCACUUUUCUCUUCUUCUGAGAUUUUUCUUUUUCAUUUUUCUUCGUAUGAGGGGAGUUCGGGAGUCUUGAAGAGCAACGAUACCAACUGGAAAUGAUGAUCGAUACUUUAGCGCGGCGUUGAACGAGGCCGGGGGG